AUGCAUUUUCUGCGAUGGACAUGCCUUCUACUUCAAAUCAUCGACGUGCAGGGAUUGGCGCUGGAUUAUUUGGAAAUUGGCACGGCUGAUUUCGACACACUCGCUCAGCAGCUGCAUGGAACGGAAGGUGUGGCUGGACUCUCCGUCGAGCCGGUGGAGGAGCACUUCCAACGGCUCCCAGAACGGCCCCCACUGUUGCAGAAGCUGCGUGCGGCUGUUGCGGAGGCCGACGGCGAAGCUGAGCUCUACGUGGUGCGGCAGGAGUAUAUGGAGCCGCAGUGCAGCAACGAGACCGUGAGGGAACUGGGCUUGCCUUACUGUCUACCCUGGUGGUUCAGAGCCACGGCGAGCCUCCACCGUCCUGCGGCCUUGGUCUCGGUGCAUGCGGGGCCGAAAGCCCUCGAGGCGCAGGUGGCCGUGAGGGUGCCCACCGUGAGCUAUGCCUCGCUCAUGCGCCGCUACGGCGUGACCCGCCUUCACCUUUUGAAGAUCGACACCGAAGGCUUUGAUGUCUUCAUCUUGAAGCAAAUGCUCGCUUGGGGGGAGAUGACUGGACAGUAUCCGGAGCGCCUGCAGUUCGAGCGCAACAACUUGACUGACGUGCAGGAGUCUCAGCAAAUCCUAGAAGCCCUGCAAGCAGCUUAUGAUUGCUGGAUUCCUGCUGCUGAAGAUGAUGUGCAAUGCCUUCGCCUGGGCGAUUUGGCUGUUGGCCAACCAUACGCCUCCAGCGGGGUAUCGUUCCCCACCCCCUGGUGGCGCCUGCAGCUGCCAGAUCGCCUUCAGGUGGCUGGUGUUCGCAUCAGCUUAGAGGACAAGGACUCCUUGGUAGUAAAGGUUGGGGACUCGUUGGGAAUUCACCUGAAUCGCUUAUGUGGGCCAGUUCAGAGCACCGAGACGGGUGCCGUGGUGGCACGUUGUGCUUUGGAAGGUCGCUAUGUGAUGCUGUUAGGAACCUCCCAGCCUCGGCAGGUGGAGGUCCUUGGACCACGGACGGCUUUCGGUGCUUUUCGCCUCUCGCUGGGCCAACGAUGCUGUCAUCGAGGGUGCAAUAGUAGCGACACCAGCCUUUUCGAAGGCUACGACCCCCAGUGCGAGCGCCGCUGUCGGGAGGAUCAUAGCUGUCACUUCUUCACGAGCUUCAACUCACUUUGGUGCAUCACCUAUGCUGACUGCGAGGAGGAGCUUCCAGAGCGCGAUGCUGCUAGUGUGACCUUUGGACUCUGGCCACGGGAGCUUUUGCCGCUGCCGAUCCUGAGAUCAUCAGCACAGCAGUCCUCAGUGGAUUGGGGAGGUGAAGCGCACCGGGCCAUAGAUGGCAUUUUUGAUCCGCAUUUCUUGAGAGGCAGCUGUAGCCAUACUGCCCAGGACGAGUUCGGCUCUGGUCCUCACACCUGA